AUUGAUGAGCAAAAAGAAAAAGGGAAUAAUCUAACAAAAAUCUGUUCACAGCCAGCCAAUAGCAUGACGCCACGUGUCUCCGCCUCAAUUAUCCCGCCAAAUCUACUGUGUAUAGAAAACGUGAGAAAACAGUUAUCUCUCUCACACACACACACCUCACACAGUAGCAGUAGCAGUACAGAGCUAAUGGCGUCUCUGAAACUGCUCCCUCCUCUAAUUCUACUCCUCCUCUCCUCCGCCGCCGCCGCCGUACAACCACCGCCGCCGCAAUCCAUCACCAACGCGGAGGACACUCUCGCCGAUUCAGGAUACAUCGCAAUGUCGCUCAUCCUCCACGCCAUCGCCCCAACCCUCCCCCUCCCCCGCCCCUCCGCCACCAUCACCACCCUCACCAUAUUCUCUCCGCCGGACGCCGCCUUCUACACCUACGGCCAGCCGUCGCUCGCUCACCUCCUCCUCCAUUUCUCCCCCCUCUCUCUCCCCCCUGUAUCUCUCCUCUCUCUCCCCUUCGCUUCAACCCUCCCAUCUCUCUCCCACUCCAAACGCCUCACCGUCACCUCCGCCCAUCCCGAAACCCUAUCCAUAAACAACGUCAAAAUCUCCGAUUUCCCCAUUUUCGACGACGGAUUUCUCAUUGUCUACGCAAUCGACGGCUUCUUCAACCUGAAUUUCACCCUCACAUCCACUAAUUCGACCGGCGCCACCACCACAAACCCUAAAUCCGAUCUCCAAUGCCUGAAUUUGGAAACCAUCUCUCGUUUCCAAGUGGCGUCUGGUGUGUUGAAGUCCAGAGGCUACUCGAUUAUGGCCUCGUUUCUCGAUUUGCAGCUUCUCGGAUUUUCGGAGAAUUUCAUGCAGUGGACUGUAUUCGCACCUGUAGAUGAAGAACUGGUGCCGUUUUCUGGGGAUUUCCCGAGGUACUACUCACUGUUCAUGAGGCAUCUCGUCCCGUGUAAAGCCGGGUGGAGGGAUCUCGAUGAAACUGCUAACGGCACUGUGAUUUCCAAUAAUGCGAUGGGGUUCGGUUUGGAGAUUACUAAGGAUGAAGAUGAUGAAGUAUUGAUGGUGAAUGGAGUUGAAAUUACUUUCCCGGACAUGUUCGUUAGUGAGUGGCUGGUUGUUCAUGGCAUACGAAGGGCGAUUGCUUUGCCGGAGAGCGAAGAGGAGGAAUUGGAAUUUGUUGAUGUUUCUCCUGGCGAUAAAUUCGACGAACUGGUUCCGCCCGAAUUUUAAGGUUCGGUUUUCUUUUCAGGAAGAUGUUUAGUCGUUUUCUUGGCCAGAAAAACGUACUUGGGAAUUUACGGUUCUUGAAAUCGGAUUGUGGAAAGUUUUUUUUCCCCUCGUUUUCGUGUAAUUGGAAUCGGUUCUUUACACUGGUAUAA